GUUUACCCCGUGUCGUCUUCUUUACUGAUGUAUUUUCCACUCUAAUGUCAGAUAAUAUCGUUCACAAGCUCGGCAACCAGUUCUGCUUUGAGUAUGUAGAAAAUUAGUCUUCGUCGUUGGGAGUUAAGGCGUAAUGACCGUAAAUGACAGAAGGUGAAAAAGUAGCCCUACGUAUGGCACAAUAGCCUGCCCGCUGGCCCAGCCUUUGAUUUGUCAGUGGAUUGUCAUUUAGUUAAGCGCACCUCCCGGUCCCCGUCGGGACUAACUAGGCAGACACACGCAGGUUGGUAUCCACUCCCUUCAGCCGUUAUGCACCGCCAUAAAGGGAGGGAUGUUUAUCAGGGACAAUUUUAAGUGGCGAAACCGGCCAUAGUUGAAUAUACACAGCGUUUUAUUAGCAAGAAACAGAUUCCGCUCUUACUACUUGAUUCCAAAAUGAAAUCCUACAUAGUGUUCUGUUUGAUAUGUAUGCUGCCUAAAAGUAUUUCUGCACAAGUUGCAUGCACGCCAACUACUGCGCCAGGGUCGGUAGCCAACGUUACGUCCAACUCUGUAAUACUACAGCUCCCAAACUGUUGCUUUAAUAAUAUCACAGGUGUGACUUGUAACCCGAACACAUGUCAGAUAUGGCUGGUGGCUUCACUGGAUACAGCGGCAGGCACUUUCGAUGCGGAUCAAUCCAAUCCGGGCUUUCUCAGCCUCUCCCCGUACCCAUCGGCUUUUCUUAACAACAGUUCUAAGAAUUACUUUCUGACCUCUGCUGGCUUGCUGAGUGCUUUGCCAUGCCCCUCCUCUACUAAGAACAACUUCAAAGUCGGAAAAGAUGGCCAGUGUUCCACCGCCAACUGCAAUGGAGUAUUACCUGUGGGGGCAGUCACCAGAUUCAAGUAUCUUCUUGUUGAUGCAGCUAACACAAAACUUCUGGCAGAGACACAGUGGUCUGACAGCAUUGCUCUCUACACCCCGAAAACCCCUGGAACCGGUGAUGGAUUUGCAGGAAGAUCAGGUGCUAUGGUCGUCAUCACAGCAAUUCUGUCUACUGCCAUAGGUCUUCUUUUGUUGCUCUUGCUGAUUGGCUGCCUGUUAGUAACCUGCUCUAGCGGGAAGACCAAAGAACAGAUCAGCACAUUCAGGGAAUCAUUCCGUAUCCCUCGCUAUGACACGCACAACCUGAAAAACCCUUCCCCAUAUGACAACCUCGCUUACGAGAGAGACACUAAGUACGCCACAGACGCCACCUUGCCUAAGACGGCAGCAAUGACCGUAGUGGUUGUUCCAAGCGAUGCAGAUAACAUCAAGAUGCAGAACAUAUAAUACGUGGGUACUUAAAGGGGCAGUUUGAUCCAAAAACACUGGUGUGGGUACCUACAAAUGGAAAUUAGCAAGGUGUGGGUGUCCCAGUGGCGUUUUGAUGAAACAACGCCUUUAACACAGUCAGAGGACUCCUGGUAAGCACAGUAACUCCUUUUAUUAUAGCAUAACCAAGUAAAGAAUGGUGUAUUGGGGCAUAUUAACAGAGGGGGGCUUGGGACAUGGUGGAAUAAGGAAAUGGUGUACAUGCUAGUAAAUGGAAAUAUACUUUACUGGAGCUGCAGACCUCAAAAUUAAAAUCAACAAAUAAAUAAAUAAUGCUGUGCAU